AAACUUUUGCCGCGGAACUUGGCGCACCGCGGGGCGCUGAAUCGAAGCCGACCCGAGUCUCAAAAAUGGCCGUGGAGCGAAUCGAGGCGAGAGCAUCGCUCGGGAAGGUUGCGUGCCGCUUCUGCGAGACCUCACAGCGAUGAAAUCGUAGGCAGCUGCUCCGCUCAGCACCUUGCGUUCUCCGAGUGCUCGGCCCGUUCCUCGGCGACGAAGCAUGAAAGAGAAGCCCAACUCGACUCGCACGUAUGACGGGGACGGCUUUCGGCGACGAGCGGCCUGUCUGUGCGUACGCAAGGAUGAAAGCGAGAUCCUGCUUGUUUCGAGCAGCAGCGCACCCGACCGGUGGAUUGUGCCAGGCGGUGGCCUGGAACCGAAUGAGGAGCCCAGCACGGCGGCAAUGCGUGAAGUCAUGGAGGAGGGCGGCGUGCGUGGUCGGCUCGGACGAUGUCUUGGCACUUUCGAGGCAUGCGAGCAGAAGGUGUUGCUGACAGGCAGUACCUUCGGCACGAAGUCCCCAGAUGCGAUGCAACUAAACUCGGAGAGGAAACACCGCACGAUGGUAUUUAUUUUGGAAGUCACAGAAGAGCUUGAGGAAUGGGAGGACUCCAAGAACAUAGGUCGCAAGCGGAAGUGGUUCCCCAUUGACGAAGCAUUGCGCGUCCUCUCCAUUUCAAAGCCUGUACAGUGCAAUUACGUUAAGCUGCUCAUGAAGAACGACAAGGUGCCAUGACCUUCAUGGCUGCCUUAGUGUUGUUGUUCCCUUUGUGUUGUUUUUCUUUUCCACCCUUUUCCCUUUGCCUCAUCUCCUCCUUCUUUUCUUGCUCUCUUUUUUCUCUGUCUCUGCCCAUCCGACAGUCUUUGUUAUACAAGGUAAACCAUAAAACAAAAAAUACACACAUUUAUUGCAAAUACACAUGAUUAAUGAAUUUUCUUCAGUCCCUUACAGGACUGAGGCCUUUUGCAAUGUAUGGCCACAUGUCACUUGUAUUGAACCUGUUUGUGCCACCUUGUGAGCAGAUAAACUGAAGUGUGCCUGAAAUAACCUGAUUACUUAGUGUUUUCUCUUUAUGAUGUGUUAAAGCAUAUGUCUGCUGUCAGCUUAGCUUGUGUUGCUUUUGAAACUGUGAAACACAGAAAUUGGGCAAGCCUGCUGUUGUGUCUCCAAAUGAAUUGUGGACCUUAGGUGCGUGCUGCAAAAUCUUGCGUGCUCUGAACUUUUGGCAAGCUACAACAGCUGUACUCUGAUCAGUCAGUCAUAAUUCUAGUUUGAUAUUGGUACUUCUGCUAUUUUGUGGCUGUACAGUAGUUAAAUGCUAACUGGCAUUGGAAGGCUAAAAAUAGUUUGUACAAAUCUGGCUAAUACUAAAGCCCUAGUACCAAAGGAUUUGCAUAAAAUUUUUGUGACGCCACUCAAGAAAAUUUGGUAGGUUUCUUUCUCUGCAUCAGCACUGUUCCUUACAAACACCACCAAAUAAAUCUAGUGUUACUAUUUCAUUAGGCAAAAGCUGAUCAGACGAACAAAUGCUUAGCUGUUUAUCUUGAAGCGCUAUGUCAUGACCAUAAGUUGAGAUUUUCAUAUGCUUGUUGAAGUGUUCGUCUAUGCCUGUCGCACACUGCAGAUGUCCAGCUUCUGUGGAAGAAAGCUUGCAUAAUAUCAUUGUAAGAAUUCCACCAAUGUGGUCAAGCAAUUCAAAAUUUACCUGUUUUAUUUGGUUAUGUGACAGCAAAUUUUUUUCACUGGACAUGAAAAGCAAAUUGUAUUUCACAAGGUAUGAAUAUGAAAUACAGUGUAGCUUGCUAAAUUUGAAAGUUGGUCUCGCGGUACUGUAGCACUAAAGUUUCCGAGGCAUGGGCUCAGCGAAAAAAUGCUGAAUUUCCAAUCAUUUUUGGCCUGUAGACAGUAGAACAGUACAACACCAUGCAUGUCAUGCAUACAGUCAAGCCCAUUUAUAAGAAACGUCCAUGUCACAUGUUCACCAUAUCCGAGCAUCCGUAAUAAAUAAGCUGCCCACAAGAAACAAGUGACAGAGGAGAGGAAGGUCUACACCAAAAAGAAGUGAGUAAUAUAAUAUUGUUACUUCAAUGCAGACCCAUUAUCACUUCUGUAGACCUUCAUCAGCAAAUGAGUGGUCAUCGUUGAGACAUCCAGAGAAAAGACUGUGUCCUUUAAUAUGCAAGCAGUUGCAAAUGAAGCUCUUGGAGUUGGUAGCAGUGCCUCUUCUUUUCCCUCACUAGGCAGACAAGUGUAUUUGCAAACAUUGCCCAACAACCACGAGGAAGCACUUUGUAGAUGAUAAAACCGAUGCAAAUCUUGAAACUGCUAUCCUCAUGACUGCGAGGUUAUGUUGGCUUCAUUACCGUUGUGCACAGUAAAAUGGGGAUUUUGUUGUAACAUAACAGCACAGCACCAUGUGACCCUGAUUAGGCUAGUUGGUGAUUCAUCUCCAUCAAUUGAGUGAACAGAGACCUAACAGGACAAAAUGGGAAGUCGGCGCUCGCCUUCGUCCCGUUUACGUCCUUGUCCGCCUUUUUCACUGUUUCACUCACUACUAUGAGACGCUGCCACAAGCGAGCGAGAUGCGCUUGCCCAUUUGCUCUAACAGAGUUUAUUGUCCCCGCAUGUUUGUUAUCACCUGCAACAGGGUGUGCUGUUGCCCGCCCACGAAUUCUAGCAGUCAAGGUGUCUUCAUUCGUAAUAAACGAGUGUUCGCUUAAAGUGGGCAUGCUUUGCUGCUACCAUUAGUCUGUAAAACGUGGACCUGGGCCUCCAAACAAGAACAACCUUUAAUUUGGCUCGGUUGCACCUACUGAAGAAAUCCUCCCCUAGAUGCAGUGCGCAGACUGCUUUUGUAGCCUCAUCGUGGAGGGUCCAAGCAAUGAUAUGUGCAGAUGCAUCUGAUAACAGUGCGUUCCUUGUGACGCAUGUGCGUGCAAGAGGGCGUGGUGUGGAUUCCUGAAUGCUGUAACUGGCGUUGCUAUAAGCGGGCUGGACUGUGUUAGUGCCGACUGCAAAUUUGAACUCCCCAGUUGCCUGCCUGGGCAGCGGUAAUAUUCCGCUUCCUCACUGAUCCCUUGCACCAGGAAGCUUUUGAUUGUCACAGUACGCUCGCGCUUCUGUUCUGUGUAGCCAAACACCCACUGUACAGGCUGUCGGAUAAGGCACAGAGAAAAAGAAAGAAGCCUCCUUCUAUAUCUAAUGGGCACGAAAAGAUAGGAGAGAAAAAGCUUCUGUGCCUGUGAAUAUUAUGCGUGUGUGUGUAUGUGUGAAAGUGGAGAGUGUGAGGGCCUGUUGGUGAAACUUGCUACCAGAAAAGUUGUGUCGUGGGGUGUGUGAAGGUCCGUCAUUCGGGGUGCAGUUCUGUGUGGAAUGUAAGCGAGAAUGUCUCUGAGCAGCAGAAGCCUACAUCACUGUGAUGCAGAUUUGAGUCAAGUAAAGCCAGUAUUUAUUCCUCCCAAUUUGUGACAGCCAAUUUCAAGAAACUAGAACGAUUCAGCCUCACUAGAUUUGCUUAUUUUCUUAAGGGACAAGCAUUUAGAGCCCUCCUCACUUUUUUUUUUACUUUAUUUUUACCACAUACGGCAGCCUUCAAACUAGGCAACACGUAAUAAAUACCUCGUUUUAGACAUCAUAAUUGUUUGUUCAGAAGAACAGCAAUAUGUUACCUCAUUUUCUAGAAACACAAGCUCUGUGUGCUACUGGGAAUGACCAAAGGCUUUUGCAUCAGCUUGAUGAAGUCGACAUUUUUUAUGGAAGCUAGUUUUAUUUUACGAAUGCACGGUUGCAUGCUAAAUUUUUAGGAAUUUAAUAUUUGUGGUGCACGCUUUGGUCAAACGAAGUAAUAGCUCAAAACCAGCUCAGUGUUGAGGUUGCUGGGUUUUGACAACAUUCAGGAAUUUAGGGACGCCCUUGUAACUGAUUUUGCACAAAGCUUCCUUUUUCUUUAACGUAACUUUGUCACAUACAGUCUGCUUCGAAGAUGAGGACUGCUGUUAGGCAAGGCGCUUUGCCUUGCGCCCAUCUGCCUGCCGGUUGUCAACGUUGCCACCACAGAGAUUGAAUGAGCAUUGCAGAAAUGGUUGGUGCGGAGUGAAUGCUUCCUAACUGUAUGUUCAACAUGUCCGUGCCAUCUUUGUGUUUCUUUUUUUUUUUUUUUCCUGUGUGCAUGCGCGUUAGCAGUCCCCUGCUUACUUUUUUUUGUCAGCCUUGGACAUUGCAAACGUUUGUUGCACCGAAUGUAGGCACAUCCAGAAAGAAACAAUGGUCGUUUUUACACGAGAUGAGCCGAUGUGUGUGUUGCCUACUACACUUGUUUUCCUCGAGCUGUGUUCUCUCCCAGCCAAACAAAUAAAACACUGUACGUGCCUGUUGGGCACGGGAGCAAAACGUCUUGGAACACAUUUGGGUUGAUAUCUCAUUAAACAGUUGAUUCGGUGA